UAUUCUUUUCUUAACUUUUCAUAAUUACGCGCUCGCCACUGUUAUGAGGACGACCACAAUAAAUUUAAAAAAAAAUUGCUAGCCUGCCGCUUGGGAGGCUCAGCGGUCUCAGCUUGGCCUCAGCCACUUUCCGUACUGCAGCCGUCAACACUGUGGACCCCUGUCCCGUGCAGGAACUUCAGCUUCAAGUGUUGGGUUACCCAAUGUUCUCACUGAUGACUUGGCCAAAAAAGAACGCCUCCAACAGAGGCAUUACGCGCUUUUCAGUGAGCUCCAGCAAAUGGCCAAAGAUGUGCCCCUAAGCUGUCAGCAGCGGCUUCCUUAUGAACUUCUGUCAAGCCUUGCCAACUCUCUGCUGGAUGGCACUGUCAUCGACAUUGUACGUGGCCUUAAGGACAUCCAAAUGAUGGAAGAGCAGAGCUUGAUGGAGACGCGCAGGACUGUCCUGAAGUCACAAGCGGAGACCAAAGCAGAGUUGGUUAGGCGCCAGAGAGAACAAAAAGAAGCACUCCUCCUGGCUGGAGGGCAGAGCCCUGAUUUCAUUGACAUGGCGCAGGAGAAAGAAACCAAGGCGCUGGACCAGAUGCACAAGGAAGAGCUCACUCGUGUCGAUAUGAAGAUCAUCACUCAGCUGGACCAACUUGUGAGUGAACAGCAAGUUGUCUUGGAAAAAGCUGGUGUUCCAGGCUUCUUUGUCACCAACAGCCCCAUGGAGAUAUCUAUCCAGAUGCAACUGCUGAUGUUUAUCACAAGGACAUGGUUCGACUGGAAGUGCAACGUGCGAUCCAAGGCGCGCUCGGCGUCGGGCAAGAAGGCGCUGUCGCCCCUCGAGGAACGCCUGAUCGCCAUCACCGGCCUCCUCGACUCCGACGACGCACCCUUGGCGCGCAAGGACGUGUUGCCAUGUGCAGAAGUGGUCUACGAAGUGGAUGAUUCUUCUUUUGCUGCGUACGUUGACGGUGCGGCGAGCCGGACGGAAGCCAGUGACAGCGCCGAGCCUGUUUCGGACCUUGUGCAGAGCGGUUACGGCGAAAGCCAUGGCGAAUACAUCGUGCCCACUUCGGAGACGUCGGCCUCCGGCAGCGGGACGGUGGUGCAGGCACGGCCCGCCGGCACGGCCUCCGGUGGAGGCCCGCCGCUCGUGCUGAGCGACGUCCGCUCUCUGGCGAGCGGGCCGCACACCGCGGUCAGCGUGAAGCAGGAGAUGGUCGACGCCGACGACGUCGACGAGGAAGACGACUCGGACUCGGACAGCGAGGUCGACGACAACGAGUCGCAGCAAGCACCCGCCGCGGAAGACCGCUCCCCGCGGUUCUGCUGGACGCAGCGGGAGGACAGACCGCCGGGCCGGUCAUCGGAUGUCGCCGGUCACUCGACGCCCCCCGGAAAGUCCGGCCGCAAGAGGCCCUCCGCGGAAGACCUCAAGGCGAGGUUCGAGUUCCAGAUCUUCUCCGCCACCAAGAGGAAGCUGGAGGCCGACGAGCGCAGGGCGGACGCCGAGGCCCAGUUUUACCGGCAGGAGGUAAAGAGGUCAAUGACCUUGGCCAGCCUGCACGUAGAGGAGCGGCGCAAGAUCGCCGCCGUCGCCGACUUCCAUGCGGAGGAGCGUCGCAAGGCGGCCGCCAAAGUGGAGAUGCUCCUGGAGCACAAGAAGUUCUACAUCGAGCAGCAGAAGACGGAGGUCCUCAAGAGGCGGCUGCUACAGCUCGAGAUCAAGAGGCUCAAGCGCGAUCUCGGGGACACUGGAGGUGCUAAGUGACUGUGUGUGCUGUCGAACGUAGGAGGACACGUUUUCCUUUUGCUCGUAUCUGAGCACAGACAGCGCGCGUCGGUGACUGAGAAAGUGCGAGCGCGCCCUUCCACGCUGCACCACAAGGCUGGACUGCCAACGCUGGCGGGGGGGCGUUGUGCACGUUCCUUGUGUGCAUUUUUGACAACGAGAUUGUUGUGGCUGCUUU